CGCUCAUCACCACAGUCCAUUGCUUUUACUCGCCACUUUGAUAGAAGCUGGGUUCUUUCUUCAUCUAGAGCUCAACGUUACUUUGAUCUCCAUCAAGCCCGCCGCAAAACCUCUACGGGCUCUGUUGGACUUGCGUAGUCGUCACUGUUUCGUGAUAGGCGGUUGAACUCCGUACCGCCCAAUAUGCUAUUGCUGAGGGUUUGGGCUCUUGCAGCUGCUUGGCUGGCUACAGCAACCCUUGCAAAGAAAUCCCCCGAGAUUUCAAAAACCAAGCUUGAAAACUUACCAUCCAUAUUCUUCUAUUUCGAUGACAGUCCGGUGAUAUUAACCUUAGAUGCGCACGCAAACAACGUAUGGCGAUCCGACGACGAUGGAAACUCCUGGCACAAGGUUAAGGGGGUGCCCGACGGCGCUGCUUGGGAUAUCACGGAGCAUCCUUUUGAUAAGAAGCGGGCCUUUAUAUUUGGAGAGGAUAAAGAGCAUUGGUAUACCGAGGAUCGGGGCGCAAAAUGGCACAAAUUCAAAUCUGAAGUCCCGCUUUCGCUUCUUCAACCACCUCUUGUGUUCCAUGCCGGGCAGCCCGAAUGGAUUCUUUACUCUGGCAGGGUUUGUGAAGAUGAUGAUGAUUACUUUGGACGUUCUUGUAAGGAAGUGACUUAUUACACGAAAGAUGGGUUCGACAGUGAAAUGAAGAAGCUUAAGGAAGAAACACAUGGAUGUAUGUUCGCUCGCGGUACCCCGAUCUUCGAGGGCGCAAAGGAUGAAACAGUUCUCUGUAUUGUCAACGGCGACACAGCCUACACAGAAAACCGGAGACUGCUUGUUUCCCAUAACUGGUUCAGAGAUUCCGAAGAACCGAAGUUGGAUGGCUACAAAACUGUCAAUGGAUUGGCUGGCCUUGCGGGGAUCCAGAAGUUCAUUGUGGCUGCAGUGAAAACCCGCGGCACAGACGAGAUGGCUCUAUAUGUCACGAAGGAUACCAAGACCUGGCACCGUGCUGAAUUCCCCCACGAUCAUGGCGGUCUCAGAGAAGAUGCGUACACAGUUUUGGAAUCUACGCCAUACAGUAUCCAGGUAGAUGUUCUUACAACGAGGGCGAUGAAUCCUAUGGGAUCGCUAUUUACUAGUAAUUCAAAUGGGACGUAUUUUACGAGGAAUUUGGAUCAUACCAACCGCGCGGUUGAAGGAUUGGUCGAUUUCGAGCAAGUUGCGAAUAUUCAAGGAAUUGUCUUGGCGAAUGUGGUUAAUAAUGCGGAUAGAGUUCUUGAGAAUCCUACUAUCCGCAAGGAGAGACAGUCCGUGAUCUCCUUCGAUGAUGGCAAAUGGGGUACCUGGGUGCCAUUAAAGGGGCCUGACGGCAAGAGGCUAAAUUUGUAUUCUGUCACUGCGCUGGCAGAUGGUGGUCGUAUUUACUCUAGCCCUGCUCCGGGAAUCCUUAUGGGUGUUGGGUCGCUUGGGGAUCAUUUGGCGGGAUACAAGGACUGUGACCUUUUCUAUUCCGACGACGCGGGAUUGACUUGGAGGAAGGCCCUGACCGAUGCUCACAAAUACGAGAUUGGAGGAUCCGGCUCAGUGAUGGUUGCCAUUAAUGAUGAAGAUAUGACUGACAUAGUGAGCUAUUCGAUCGACCACGGAAAGAACUGGGAGGAGGUUAAGCUGGAUGAGAGAAUCCGUGCGAGACUGCUCACCACUACACCUGACUCUACGACUCUGAAGUUCACCCUGAUAGGGACUGCAAGGGACAAGACGCCAUAUGUCUUUGGCCUCGAUUUCUCCGAGGUCUUUGAGCGCAAAUGCAAACUUGAUAAGAGCAGCGAGGACGGUGACUAUGAAAAAUGGUAUGCUCGUUUGGACGAGGAGGGCAAGCCGGAUUGCCUCAUGGGACAUAAACAGUAUUUCUGGAGGCGGAAGCCCGGGGUAAAUUGCUAUGUUGGAGAAGACUAUAAAGAUCCAGAACCCGAGAAGGAAGUUUGUGAAUGCACCAAACAUGAUUUUGAGUGCGAUUUCAACUUUGUUCGGGAGAAUAGAGGGAAGGAUGAUGAUUGUGUGCCUGCUAAGGGCGUGAAAUUUUCGAUUCCCGCUGGAGAAUGCAAAAAGGACGAGGACACCUAUAUGGGCCCUAGCGGAUAUCGUAAGAUCCCGGGUAAUGACUGCAAAGGUGGAGAAUCUCUCGAAGAUAAGGUUGAGAGGAAGUGUAAUGAAGUCACUACAACUCCUUCAAACGGGAAGGUUACUGAUGUCAAGACUUCCUUUGCUGGAAAGCGGGUUGCGGAAUACUUUUACCUUGAGAACGCUGAGAGUGCUUCUAAAUCUGAUGAAACAAUUAUCAUGAGAACAGAAGAACAGGAGGUAUGGAUUACCAGGGACCAUGGCGCCACAUGGAAUCGGAUCCUCGAGAAAGUCAAUGUCGUUUCAAUCUACCCUAAUCCCAACCUUUGGGAUUCUGUGUACUUCAUCACUCCAGAUGCUGAAGUUUGGUACACCCUCGAUCGGGGUGAACACAUCAAGAAGAUGGCAUCCGUUAAGACCAAACCAAAUCGCCAAGGUCUUCAGGUCAUCGACUUUCAUCCGACCAAGCAGGGUUGGCUCAUUUGGACUGGUCAAGAAGAUUGUGAUUCGCCCUCCACGUGCCAUUCCGUCGCUUAUCAUACCAAGGAUAAUGGGGAAGAGUGGCAUCGGUUGCUUGCUUAUGUCGGUACUUGUAAAUGGAUUCGCACCGAGAAACAGUCUGAAAAGCUUAUAUUCUGUGAGCACUUCGAAACCGAAAGAGGCAAUGGAGAGGGCAACUUGGAAUUGGUGGCUAGUGACAACUGGUUUGAUGAUCGCCAUGUCAAGUUUAGAAGCAUCAUCGGUUAUGCAACUAUGGCUGAGUUCAUCAUUGUGGCAAGUAUCAAUGAAGACGGUACCUCGCUCAAGGCAUCGGCGUCUGUUAAUGGAAGUAUCUUUGCUGAGGCUGCCUUCCCGCAUAAUUUCAACGUCCCACACCAAACCGCGUAUACGGUUCUCGACUCCGAGACCCACGCUGUUUUCCUUCAUGUCACGGUCAAUCCUAGGAAGGGCUUCGAGUUCGGUAGCUUACUAAAGUCUAAUUCUAAUGGAACCAACUACGUCCUGUCAUUGGAUGCAGUAAACCGCAACGAGGAGGGUUUUGUUGACUUUGAAAAAUUGAAAACUCUCGAGGGAGUUGCUAUCGCCAAUCGCGUCGUGAACGCCGACAAAGCAGUCGACGGUGAGAAGAAGAGAUUGAGGAGUAUGAUCACGCACAACGAUGGAGCGACGUGGGACUAUAUCCUUGCACCAGAGAAGGACGCAGAUGGCAAGGAUCACAAAAUCUGUGACACCAGCGACAAGAAGAAAUGUUCACUCAACCUUCACCAUUACACUGACCGGGUUGAUCCUAGAGACACAUUUGGAUCAGGGUCUGCUGUUGGAUUGAUGAUGGGCAUCGGAAAUAUUGGGGACGUCCUAACUGGUUACAAGGAUGGUGAUACAUACCUGACUCGAGAUGGCGGCGUUAGGUGGAAGCAAGUUAAAAAAGGGCAAUACCAAUGGGAAUACGGCGACCAAGGCUCUAUCAUUGUUUUGGUUGAAGACAAUGUGCUCACCGACAGGGUUCACUAUUCACUCGAUGAAGGCGAGAGCUGGACCGAAUAUACAUUUGCGGGUAGCAGCGAUGAGAAAAUGCGUGUGGCAGAUAUUUCGACUUUACCCAGCGACACAAGUAGGAAGUUCAUUCUUUGGGGCACCAGAGAGGGCGACGGGAAUAAGUUUUGGACUGUUCAAUUGGACUUUACGGGACUUACUGAUGUUAAGUGUGAUUUGAAGGAUGGUGAUGGCGCCGAUAGCGAUGAUUUUGAGCUAUGGUCACCAGAACAUCAAGAUGGAUGUUUGUUUGGACAUCGUGUACAAUACAACCGCAAGAUCCGUACGCACAACUGUUAUAUUGGAAGGAAAAUUAAGCAACCACACAAAAUAUUGGAGAAGUGCAAGUGCACUAGGCACGACUACGAAUGCGAUUUCAAUUAUCAACGAGACAAAGAUGGCGCUUGUUAUUUGGUAGAAGGACUUACACCUCCAGAUCACCAAGCAGUUUGUAAGGAGAAUAAGGACCAAGACGAGUACUGGGAACCAACUGGCUAUCGACGCAUUCCCAUGACAACAUGUGAAGGGGGUCAGGAGUUGGAUAAGUCCAUAUCACAUUAUUGCCCCGGCCACAAAAAAGAGUGGGAGAAGAAACAUGGUGGCGCUCGUGGGUUUGCCUUAUUCCUAGCUAUUAUAGCACCAAUAACUGCGGCUGCCGUGAUUGGAUGGUUUGUUUGGACUCGCCUUUUGGACGGCAGAUUUGGAGCCAUCAGGCUUGGAGAAGACAACAAUGGACAAUCUCCAUUUGUCAGAUACCCGAUCAUUGUGAUAUCCGCUAUUGUGGCUCUAGCAGUUUCGAUUCCGACAAUAUUGGGAGCUAUCGGUUCAUGGGCUUCCAGCAAACUGACGAGAACGAGGCGGUACACAUCUAGAAGCUCAUUUGCGAGAGGAGCAGACUACUCUGUUGUGAACACAGAUGAGGGAGAGCUGUUAGGAAGUGAUGACGAGGAUGAGUUUUGAGAUGAUGAGAGACGAUGCUCUUCGUUGUUGUGGGCGUGAGGGCGGUGUUCGGGUUAGGAUGUGGUAUGGUUCGUGUGGUCUCAGCUUGAAACUUGUGGUUUUAUAUCUUUCCCUUUUCGUAGCGUGAUGAGCUAUAAUGAUUAAGGAUUGGUUAAGGGGGUGGGCUAUUACGGGACGGCGGAACGACAUGAGGGACACAAAAGUGAAUGGCUGACAGAGUGGGAGUUAUUUUUCGUGUAUUUUUGCAUUUGUUUCUAGGGAAAUUUCAUUUGUUAGGUUUUCAUCUUUGGGUCCUUUGAUCUCGGGCUUCACGCUAGUUCUCUGUUGUCAUUCUAUCCGUAGAGAAAAUUUCAGUGGUGAGGUGUAGGUUUUAAAUGUUGGGUCAUGCGGGUGGGAGAAUACCGGUAGUUUACAGUAUACUGAGAAGGAGGGAAGCGAUUACUGAA